GUCACCGGAUACUUUCGUUUCCGACUGGGGAUGGAGUCCGCGGAGCUGAGCUGUUAGAACGGCGCUCCAUUGGUUUAAAUCAUCAGGGGAUUUGUUUGCUAUUUCGUUUCAUUUGCAUUAAAACUGAAGUUCUCCCUGAAAGCACAAACGAUUUUUUACCUCAAUUGUGCCCACGAUGUCAGCUGUCCUACAAAUUAAAGCCCCAGUGCCUGUGCGAGGCUCUGGAGAUGGCAUGGAGACGGAUGUGGUGCCGAGUGCCCCGGAGGUCACCGCGGAAUCGCAGGCGGAGGUGGCCCCGCUCCAGCAUAGCCCCAAGACCACGCCUGUAGCUGUGCUCCGCCCAGGGGUGCUCCACCUCGGCAAGGUGGGUCGCGAGGCGUGUACGGAGGUGGAGGCCACACGUAUCCUGGUGCCCCAUGCUGCCAUCAGCAGAAGCACACGCGCCCAAGCACCACCUCCGGCCCCCGGCCUUGGGGAACAGGGUCCGCCGGAGUCCUGCAAGUCGGCUCCGGACUGGAAGGCCACUCUGGAGAAGCUGCAGAACUCGGAGCAUCGGCUUCUGCGGGACAAGGAGGGGCUGUCUAAUCAGCUGCGCGUUCAGACUGAGGUGAAUCGGGAGUUGAAGAAGCUGUUGGUGGCCUCGGUGGGGGACGACCUCCAGUACCACUUUGAGCGUCUAGCCCGGGAGAAAAACCAGCUAGUGCUGGAAAACGAGGCGCUGGGCCGGAGCCUGGCCCACACGGCCGAGCAGCUAGAGCGCAUGAGCAUCCAGUGCGACGUGUGGAGGAGCAAGUUCCUCGCUAGUCGGGUAAUGGCUGACGAACUGACCAAUGCGAGGGCGACCCUGCAGCGCCAGGCACGCCAGGCCCAGAGCGCCAUCCAGGAUCUGCUGUGCGAGAGGGAGGAGUUCUCUGCCCACAUGCUAACCACGCACAGGGCCCUGGAGCAGCUGCUCGUGUCGCUCCAGUGGGGCAGGCAGCAGACGUACUACCCCAGUGCCCAACCACUGAGCACCGGCGAGCUGGCGGCGUCCAAUAAGAAGCUCGCCGAGGCGGUGAAGUCACACCUGCUGGGGAACGUGGGCGGCAGCGGCCUGAAGACGACCCAGGCGUCUGAACUCUGCAGCUCCCCGGCAGAGAAGAUGGCUGAGAAGGUGUUGAGGUGUCUGGAUCCUAUACAGUGUUCUGAUGACCAGUGUAACUCCUCCUCCUCGACAUUUUUGUCCAAUAAGAAGAACAUUGGGCGGUUUCAUCCGUACACCCGCUAUGAGAACAUAACCUUUAACUGCUGUGAACGGUGCAGUGGAGAGCUGCUUGUGCUGUAGGUCACACGCUCUCACUUUUGCUUUGAAAACAGAAUUUCUGUGCUCUCCUAAGGAGAGUGAAGACUGCUGUGGGUGUUUAAAGUGAUCCUUUUAGAUGGAGUACAGAGGAGAACUUUCCAGACUUUUUAUCUUUUGAUAUGAUUGCAGGUGGUAAUGUUAGAUCCCUCAGUGUUAAAGGAAUGGUUUCUGUAAGCUGGUAAGCUUGAAACUGAAGUAUUUUUUGAGUGGAAUUAAAUGACUGACUUAUCAAUGGAUAGAUCCAUGGUACUAAGAAGUUAUCUGCAUAUGUAAAAAAAAAAAAAAGAGUAAAAUGAACAGUGCUGGGAUUUAUGCCUUUUUCCUGCCUUUUUUGUUUGUUCAUUGCAAGUUUUCUUUUCCCGUUUAAAAUGAGUUUUGAAAUUCUGCUGAUUUUCAAUCAGCGAUGGCCUUUCUGACGUGUUGACUGGCCACCUCUUGGUAGGAAAGGGCCUUCUGCCCCCUGUGACAAGCUGUAUGUCACUAGGGUGGAACUGGAAGCACCGUUGCCAUCUGAAUUAACCCCAAGAGUCGUAAAUAUUUGCUCCCAACUCUUUCUCGCUGCUGGUAUGUGGCUUAUUGAGUUGGGACGCUGCGCCUAUAGUCAAAUUAUUUCAAAUGGUUCAAAUCCCAAGAUGAGCAGAGUGAUUUCGGCUUGGGGGCCGAGAGGAUUUGCUCCAGGGUCUGUCUGAUCCUGCUCUCUCAAAAAAUGUAUGUCACUUUGGAUAAAAGCAUCUGCUAAAUAAUUAGAACUGUAAAUAAACAUGACAGUUUAAAGUCUUAGGAUGGGCUCUGUUUGCAUUUCCUAUGAGAAAAGUAUUUAAGACAAAUGGCUUCAGUAGAAAGAAACGGAUUGUAUAAAAGUGUUGAUCGAUGUACUGUAAGCAUUGGCAGUGUUAUGCAUUAAGGAAUCCUGCAGGCCAGAUUAAUAGUGAAACCUGUCUGUCUCUUGUGGUCUGGCCCACUAGAGAGACUGUUAAUUUAUAAAAAAUAUUUAUAGGUCUCUAAAUUUUUUCCUCUCCAAUCAUGAGCUGUGUGACCAAAUAAAAAUUGUGGCCUGAGUGAGUUUUAAAUGUGCUUGAGUGUCUGUAAAAAUAAUAAUAAAAAAAAAGUUUUAUAAAACUUG